CCAAGCACAACCCGUGAGAGGCGGCUCGCCGCUAUGAAAGCAAGAGCUCGGCCACGUCUCAGCCCAAACGCGCAGAGUCUCCUCUCCUACCUGCCAGCCUGUCGCUAGAUUCCCAAAGGUCCGGCACUUGGGAUGUGAAGGGAAUCACCGAGGACUGCUAUCGACCGACAAGCCGGGGAGAGGAGGACGAUAAAGAACACAUUCCAGCGAAUAUAUUCAUAAUAAACUUUUUUUUUUCGUAAAAGGAUACUGAUAUUUUAUUGCUAAUAAGAACCAAGUCCGCCGUUGAAGCCGUGCCGGGGAAGAUCAUGGGUAGCGCGAUGUUGGUAGUUCUUCUGGGAGCGGUGGGCGCCCUGGCAGCCACAGAGCCGUGCCAGUCCGGGAAGCACACGGCCGGCGGGGAGUGCUGUGAAGAGUGCCAGCCGGGAGAGGGCGUGGUGCAGCCGUGUGGGGUCACCCAGACCGUGUGUGCCCCCUGUAUAGACAGCGAGACGUAUUCGGAGACGUACAGCCUGACGGAGGCCUGCCUGCCCUGCACGCAGUGCACAGGCCUGCUUCGCAUGCAAGCGCCCUGCACUGACACCAACGACGCCGUGUGCGUGUGUGCCUACGACUACUACCGGAACGAGCUGACGGGGCAGUGCCAGCGCUGCACUGUCUGCCCGCAGGGCCAGGGCGUGCUAGAGAAGUGCUCUUACCAGUCGGACACCUUGUGCGAAGAGUGCCCGGAGGACACCUUCUCCGACCAGGAGAGCAGCCUCGACCCCUGCAUGCCCUGCACUAUCUGCGAGGAGGACGUAGAGAUCGAGCAGGAGGCCUGCACGUCCACCUCGGACACCGUCUGUCGUGAAUUGAACCCUCGCUUCUCUAGCACCUUGUCCUCGUCCUCCCUGGGACCAACCCCCUACUCUGUGGAGGACAUCACCUCCUCCAUCGAUGACGACCAGACCACCCCAGCCAUGGAUAUUGUCACCACUGCCACCUCGCCGCAGUUCAUUGGCAAGGGACUGAACGAGAACCUCAUCCCCAUCUACUGUUCCAUCCUGGCAGCCGUGGUUGUGGGGCUGGUAGCCUACAUUGUCUUCAAGAGGUGGAACAGCUGCAAGCAGAACAAGCAGGGAAACAACAACCGCACGGUCAACCAGACGCCCUCCCCCGAGGGAGAGAAGCUGCACAGCGACAGUGGGAUCUCAGUCGACAGCCAGAGUCUGCAAGAGCAGCAGCAACAGCAGCAGAGCCAGUCCCAGACACAAGUAGUGAAGACUGAUGGAGGGUCCUACCCCAGCCUGCCACCCCACAAGCAGGAGGAAGUGGAGAAGCUGCUGAACGUGGGCGCCCAGGAGGAGACGGACUGGUGCAGCCUGGCGGGGCUGCUGGGAUACGAGGAGGAGCACAUCAACACCUUCCGGCAGGAGGAGCAUCCCGUGCGGGCUCUGCUGUCUGACUGGGCCAGCAAGGACUGUGCCACCUUGGAUGCCCUCUGCACUGCCUUGCGCAAGAUGAAGAGGGAGGACAUCGCCGAGAGCCUGCGGCCGGAGCCCACGGCCACCUCGAUGGUCUGAGCAUGGAGCAACGUGUUAUCCAGCAGGGCCCAGGAAGGAGGGAUUGUGGGAAGGAAGGGGGUGGGCAACUAAUUCCCUUCCGAUGGUUGAUUUGGGAGGGUGGUGGUGUUUUCAUGAAGGAUCUAGUAGAUGGCCUUGCCCUCCCAGUCCACACCUCCCUCUCAUUCCUCAGUCUGGAAUCCCCUCUUUUAACCCAUCCCACGCAACCCUCCUACCCUAUACCCUGGCACUGCUUUAUAAAGACUUGAGUGCACUGAGGCAUCCAUUUUCAGUAUUGUCCUGCUUUCCUUGUCCCUUAGACAUGACUCCUCUGGCCCUACAGGAAACAUCCAGAUAUCCAGAGCUCACCACACUGUGACUUAUCGCACCCUACAGUCGUCAUGUUCAUGUUUAUAGCCAUAGCUAACCAUAACCAUCAUAGUCAUAGUCUUAGGCCUCUUUUAUGAGUCUUUUUAGGACUCGAUCAGCUACAUUACCCUCCCUGAAGCAUUUCCCUCCCAUUGUGUUUUCCACGACACAAGAAGAAUGGGGGGGGGGGGUCUGUUCUACCCCUCUACCCCUGUAUUUCGUUAGUCUUGUGAAUAACAACCUGCCACCAUAUCUGUAUAACCUAACCUGUGGUUGCAACCAGGCUGUUUCUGACCCCCGUCCUCCCUGUGUUCUUUCACCUUCAUUGUCAUUUUCACGGAGGUUGGGGUCUCCCCCAUCCACUCAAUCUAACAGAUUCUGGUUCUUGGCUUUUUUUAACCCCAUUUGGAAAUGUGGAAUCAAAGCCUGCAAGUGAGUGUGAAACAAUCAAAGCCAUCCCCUCCCCCACUCUGCCAUCUUUGUUAUUUUUUUAGAAGUAUACUUUAGUGCUCACUUUAGACAUAUACUAAUCCCAUUAACUUGUAUAUUUUGUAAAAUAAACUAUGCCAUCUUAUGAGACUAGACACAAGUGGCCAAUGUCCAGCAUUUGAUAGUGGGAAAGGAGCUCCCCCUCCAGGACUAGAUGUCUGUCAUAUUGGCACUCAUAUUGAAUACAUACCAUGGCUGAAUCUCCAGUGUGCUAGACGAUGGACAUAUAACUGGCAGUGUGGCAGGACUGUAAGCAUCGUGACAAUGCAAGGAUGAUUGAGAAGAGAAUGCCAGCUAGCCCAUGCCAGAUUGUGCAAGAUCUAGCUCAGAUUCUACUGCCUUGACUUGAGAAUCCCGAGGACCAUACACAGUUGUGCCACGUCUCCUUCUGUUUUUUUAUUUUAUUUUUUUGAUUAACAAGUUAUUGGGGGCUCUGUAGCUUGAAUAUGCAACUGGUAGAAUAUCGCAGUUAAUCUGAAUCAGAGUUUCUCCCCUGCCUCUCCAAGGCAGCAAGUUAUGGGACUAAUUUUCAAGCAGCCCACAGUGGCAGGUGCUUGAGAGCAAUACAAACCCAGACAAUCGGUUUUCUUACGCUUUGCUGUUAAAACGGCAACACAGAGGAUCAGACAAAAAACACAGAUUGUGUGCCUGUGUCAUGCAGAAAUCGGUGGUGCAGUUGAGACUGCUGAUGAAAGAUGAGCAAAGGGAACCCUCUUGCCCCCCCUGGCAAUUCUUAGUUUUAUUUGUUGAUCUUAAUGGAAUAUAAUAACAGGCACCUGACUGCAUAAUUGGUAGAACCUGACAAUUAAGACAGGGGGAAAUCAAUGAGCUGUCUCCCCAGCCUGCCAUUUUCAUAGACUCCAUUAAAGAGAUCAAACGCUUAUUUAAUGCAGCUCUUGUAUGAGCACUAAAACAAAAAAAUUAAAAAGGAAUUAAUGCUAGUUCAUAAAUAAUCUGCAUGUGGGUAGGAAAUGUCAAAAUGAAACCAUGUCAUACAGGUUAUGAAUACAUUUCAGAAUGCUCCACAGUAAGAGACUCCUAAUAUUUGCCAUAUGGUCUGUGUUGAAAAGUACGGAAUAGAUUAUAGAAGCAGUUUUAACCAGCAUGUGUGUAGUGUGGCGGUUCUGUCCUGCUCAGGCAAAAAGCUGUAGAGGCAACAUACACAUGUAGCAAAACUGUAGGUGGGGUGUGGUUACAGUGUAUAGGAGCACCUGAAUUCUGAAGUGUGUCCUGCAGACUUUAGGCUUUCUGCCUAAAGUUGGAAAUGUUGUGUUACACAUUGCUUAAGACUGGCUUCUCUCUGAUCCUCUGUGCUGCCUCUAGUCAGUAUGACACCAGGCAAACUGUAAAUGUACAGUAUAAUAUACACACAUUGCCUCAAUAACAGCUUGAAAGUUAAAUUCAGGGGUGUGUAUUUCUCAGGGUUCAAUUUCUUUGUGCAAAGACCUCAUUCAUAACUAGGUUUCCAAAAGCAAUUGCUGGGAAGUGGAAAACAAAACAGAAAUAAAGAAAAAAACAGUUAUCUGUGGCCAAAAAUCUUUCCACAGAUAUAAAUCGCAGAUAUAAAAUAAAAUAGCAACAGAUCAGAUAAGGUUUUAUACCUUGUUACUCAUGUUUCCCAAUUUGAGGUCUGCAGUUCACUAAGUCAAAAGGUUUCAGUAAGGUUAAAUAAGGAUCAGUUUAGCCCUUUAACAUAGGAAGCCUUAAAAGAUUUAGUUUAACAACACCCAGAAAACCUGCUGGAUUGUGGCCUUUAAUUUUCUUAAAACCCAUAGCAAAGCUUUCCUAGCAAAAGAUGAUUCAUUUGAAUGUGCACAGCUUUGCGUGAUGUUUACUUGACAGGAUUACUUGCUGUAAGAGAUCACAUAGCAUCUUACACAUGAAAGUUGUUUGCUUUCUGUUAGCAAACAAAUAGUAUUCAAGGCACAACAAUCCAGCAAAGAACAGUACAGUACAGAACUCUCCCAAAAAACAUACCCUUGUAUUUGACUUUUAAUGCUAAUCUGCAUCUAAGAUCAGGGAACAUAUUAACUUAACCUAAUACACUGUGGCCUGGCCUGUAAGGAUAGAAGUGCUCAGCUCAGAAGUAGAAGGGCUUGUGUCUCAGCUACAGGAAAUGUCAAGUUUCAUCUGAGGCUCAGUUAAUUGGAAGAAGUGAUCUAUUGAAUCACUAAAGUGCGUUUUCGCGUUGGUGAGAAAAGCUUUUGUUAAUGAAAAAAUAAUAAGCCAUUAUUGGUAACACAGUAAGAGCAGGAAUAGUUCAAUUAACGUAUGGGGACCCUGCCUUAUUAAAACGAACAGAUGAUCUGUAGUGACACAACGCCAAGCUCAAAGAUGAGCAGACAUAAACACAGCAGUAUCGGGUAACUUGUCGGUGUUGUGCGUUUCUCAGGACCAAUGCACACAUUCAUCCAGGAGGUUAAUGCAAUUUCUAAUUUAAUAAUCAUUUGGAUACCUUGAAAAGAAAAGCACUGACCAAAGGUUGGCCAGAUCCUGUAUGUAAAUCCAAUGUGCUCUUCAAUGCGUGUUUCAGUAAAAGCCACUCUCCACAGUGCUGGCUGAGUAUCCCAUGGCCUGGGGUUUGAUGACCAGACCCAGGCUGCUUCACUCUUAGCUCUGUAACCACAGGCUCUGUAUGCAUAACUGGAAGGUGCAUAGGAGCUACAAUUCUUUCUCGAUUUGUCACAAACUCUGCAUUUCCUAUUGCUAACAUAAAACUAUAUCUGAAUAACAGAUUGACUUGUUGACUUGGUCCUAAUUGGGUUACAGACAAGGGAAAGUAAAUGCCUGUCCUUUAUGCUACCAGUUUGGUUUUCAGUUUUCUCUAGAUUGCCUGAGCAAGAGUUUAUAGGUUCCAGCCUGGCCCAAUAAUUCCAAAGAUUGUUUUCAGAACAUUGCUUUGGACUUUUUUAAAAUCAGGAUUAAUUCUCCAUCAGGCUAUACUGCUAAACUGGAAAGUGUUUUGUCUUUAUUAUGCCAUGCCAGCAAUAGAUAGCACACACUACAGUUGACUCGCUACAUCCUUCAAGUAAAUGGGAAAGGGAAUAAAUAAAAACCUAUUAAAAAGGGCAGACACCAGUAUUAUUCACAUUCAUUAUCUGAUUAUGCAAGACUAUAGUCUUCUUUGGUGAUAAAUUUUAAUUUAAAAAAUCAAUACAUUCUUAAAUCUGACAUUAGUGAUUGGGUCACAACUGUGAUAAUCAUUAUACAGUAGGUUUGAGGUGACUUAACAAACAUGACCCACAUUAUUCCUCAUUAUACCACAAGUGACAGGGCCAUACUAGAACCCAAACUGUCACCCAUGUAAAGCAAUAGAAAACUUUCUGUGGGGUUGUCCAUUGCUGUUGGUAGUCUCAGUGGACAUCUCUUUAGGCAUUCCAAUGCAAAGGGGAGUGCCAAGAGAUUGAGAACCCUCAUUCUGUGAACCGGAACUACAGACAACAAACAGGUCAACAGAGAGGUGUCUACAGAGCUGUUACCACUUCCAGAGGACAUGCAGGGACUGAACAUAUACUGAGACCUGACCAGCUGAUUUGAACAUGCAACAUAUUUUUUUAAAAAUCGACACCAAGAGUCAAGAUAUACUGUGAUAGAAGCUUUUGUUUCUUAUUCUUUUCAAGCCUGAUUUCAUUAUACUGUUGUUGAGAUCAACAGAGCAGGCCUCACUGUAUGAAUAUCCCCCUGUGUGUUCCAGCUACAGCUGCAAAAACAUCUGGAUAUCAUAGGGUGUCCCAGUGGUAGACAGGGGUGUAAGUUUAGGUUCACGUGAGGCUUCCUUGUGCACUGCCAUUUAUGCUUGAAACAGACCAGUAGUGUUAGAAGUCAAGCCAAGACACUUUUCAUUCCUUGCUUCCCAAUAUUAUCACAAAUUAACCUAUUAUCCAGAAUAUCUAGGAUAUUAUUAAUAGAGUCUGCAAAUAAUUGAUGCAGUCCUAUAAACAGUACUGGCUCAAUUUAAAUUGUUUGCCACUUAUGUGGUCCUUCAUCUGCUCCUGAAGAGUCUUUAACCUUUCAAUGCAUUGCUUAAUUAAUAUCCAUUUUAUUGGAUUAUUAAACACAAUAAGAUACUUCUGCAUGAAUUACAGUACAAGUACAUAAUUAAGAACAGCAUGUAAUUCUCUCUGGAGGUCUCCUCUUCCUGAUUUAACAGCUACUGCACCUGGAGAGGGAAUUUUUUUUUAAUAAUACUUUAAUAGCUGAUAUUUGUAUUUUAAACGUACACUUUCCACAGCCAUGAAAAUGACCUGUGCUACUUCACCCGGAUUUGACAAGAUUCUAAAACAUAUCACAGAUAGGGAAGAGCGCAUUCACAUUUACAAGCAAGAAAUGGCAGUUCAAUUCAUCUUACAGUCUUACAGUACGUGCUGGUAACUUAAUGACCUCAGGAUUUCAUGCAGCCAUUUCUUGAAAGGUCCCAGGGAACCUGUUUCAAUAGCCUAAAGGAAAGAUGUUCUUCCGAAUCUCAGUCUUGAAUGAGCUUCCUCUUCUUAUCCAAGAGUGUCCCUGGGUCCUUGUUUCACUAUUGAUCCUUUGGAUUAACUUUAAUUUAACUUUAAUUUACCUUCAUCACGGUCCUAAUCUUCCUGUUGAACUUUGAAUACUUGUAUUAAAUCCUCCUGUGAUCACCUGUAUUUGAAACUGAAGAGAUUGCCAUCAGCUUAGUCACAUUUAAAGCUUAAGCUUGAUAACCAUUACCUGCAUUACAGACUGAUCUCAGGUUGAAAUUCAGAUGCAAAAUGUCAGUCAAAUGCUUAUUUUUCUGUAGGGUUUACUGAAAUGUGAUUCAGAGAUGGGAUUCAGGUUCUGAUUGAUAAUUGUUUGCAGUAUUUCUCUUUUUUCGGUCUCUUUUUUAAAUAGUGCAACUUCCCAUUACGUUUCCUUAAAUCCUUAAGAAAAGGCCUGUAACAGCUCUGUAGAUGCAUUCCAUAAAUCCAGUCCCCAUGUUUACAGCUGUAUGUGUGAGACAGCAUCCACAGACCAAACCAAUCCAGUUUGCAACACUGGGACACAGAAUGGACUGGAUUUAGAAUGAUUAUGCAUAAGUAUUUUAGUAAAACAAGAACAAAAAUCCAUCGCUAAUUUACUAUGUCUGUUCUUGUCAAAGUUACCGUGGGUAUUAUAAAUAAUAGUUACAGCUCAGUUUACAGAUGUAUUUACUGCCAUAACUGAUAGUGCUGUGUACAACAUUAUAGUUCUUGUGUGAAGGUAGAUAAUCUGGUCUUGGAAAGGCAUAUGACUGUGAAGCUUAUUUAAACUGUUCUUCAAGUUUAGGAAUCUGCUAAUGACAAGUCCAUUAAACCAUUGACAAAAGAAGAUCAACUGGGAAUAAAACUUUCUCAGAUUACACUCCAUCACUCCAGAUGACAGAUACUCAAACACUUACCUGACAAUCUGUUGUUUUAUUUGACUAUCUGAAGGUUUUCUCAAUGUUUUAUUCUUAUAUAUGAGUUGUCAGUUCCUGGAAACGUUAAAAUAAUUUUGAUAUAUACGGUGUGUAUAUAUCGUGUAAAUAAUACCAAUGAAGGCAACUUUUUUCCCAACUGUAAAAAAAUAUUUUGUAUGUUUUUUUUAUAAAACAAGGAUUAUUUUGUCCUUAUUUGAUUCUGUAAUUACAAUACUGGUUUUGUAGCACUUAUAGUGUAAAUAUGUAUUACAAAACUUAUUGUAUCACAAGUGCCUGGGUUUUUUUGUCAGGUCUGUGUUCUGUUUAUUGAUUGAAUGUGAUUUUUUUUAGUCGAUGCCACAGAUUGUAACCUUUGUAAAAGCCUGAGAUGUGGCCUCAGCGAUUUGCAGUGGCCUCUCUGGAUUAACUCCCCUCUAUCAGACCUUCUUGAAAAGAGACACUCAACGCCCCAGCACCCGACAGAGCUUCUGUCUCUCAUGGGUCAACUGAUCUCUUCCUGAUUUGAUUUAGUUCUACCAUUGACAAACCAGGGGCCACAUCACUGACAUUACUGGGCCUCCUUUAUUCUACAGCCUGUAAACCUGUUAGAAAACCUGUUAUAUCUGUUAAUACACAGCUCACCCUCUGGUCUGAUCUUUUUUACCUUUGGAUAAAACCGUCUACUCAAAGCCUUUAUCUUAAUAAAAUGGGACCACAUUUUUCCCAGGAGCAAAAACUUUGAGUUUGCUUCUGUGAAGUUUUAAUUUGACUUACUGUAUAUUUUAAUGGUCUGUUAAAGAUUUUCAUGGUAAAUUGCAUUUAACAAUGGCAAACUGUAUUUUCACUUUCAAGUGGCACACAAAUAUAUCUAAAGAGUCAAAUAUACUCUUGGUUAAAUUCUGAAUGGGUUGUUGCGAAUAGAUACACUGUAUAGAUGUCUGCUGUGGGCUAGAUGGGAAACCGAAAGUAUUGUUAGUUUCUAGUUUGCCUUGAUUUCUCACCACUAUACUGAGAAUUUUCUUUUGCUCCCAGAAACAAUUUAGUAAUUUGUGGCUUUCUUCCAAAAUUUGGAAUUUUACAGCUUCAUUUUUUGCUUAAUUCCCAUAUUCAGGGAAGGGAAAUGUUUUGAAUGAUCAUGUUUUCCCAGGACAGAUGCUUGCAAUCUCCCAGCCAAAAUAUUUUGGAAGUAGUGAUGUGGUGAAAAAUCUGGAUAAACUCAGUUUUGUAAAACUGUAUCAGUGGUUCUCAAUCCUGGUCCUGGAGGAUUACUGUUUUUUCGUUCCAGCUAAUCACUUCAUCUUUAGUGGUAACUGAUGUGCUUUCAGUUAUUUAACUUGUUUCUUAGGCAGUACUGAGUGUCAAAAAUACCCAACUUCAAGGAUAAUGCUUCCAAUGUCUUCAGCAUGCAGAACUUCACAGAGCCUGUUCGCAACUUGCUUCCUAGUAUUUCUGACUGGACAGCUCCUAAGAUUUGAUCAAUUGAUCUUGAACAGACCCAAGUGGGAAUGACUCUGUAUCAGACACUCCCUUCUUCCUUCUGCAGAUGCCUAAUUGCUUGCACUUCUGGCAGUCCUGAAGUUUAAAAAUAUAUUCAGAGUUGAUGCCAAUUACAAAUACUGUUUCACCUUUUAAGAGCUGAGAGCAAAUUUACAAAUUUGUGAUUAAGAACUCGGCUGGAGUCAAAACCAGAAAACACAGUGUUCCUUCAGAACCAGAGGUGGCAACCACUGAACUAUAUUGUAAUGCAAACAGUAAGGAUGCCAUUUAGUUUACAACAACCUACACCAACAAACACCACUGCAUAUUUAAAGCACUACAGAUAUUUAUCACAAAGAUCUCCUUUAAGGACACAUACAGUAUAGCAUGGCAUGAUUUCUACCUAUGCCGCAGAAUAAUUGGGACCUGCAAUAUCUGUUGUCAUGAGUGAGUAGCUGUCCAUCCUCAAGGUCUGAUGAAGGCCAAAAUGAAAUGGAUAUGCUGGGGUAAUAGAGCCUGAGAUCUGUAUGCUGUGUGUCGAAGCAGUUGAACCGGCUGGCUUGUAGUCAGUUACAGAGUUGCAGAGGAAGAGUGAUGAUUCUCAAUUUAGAACUCGAUAUAUAUCAGUAUAAUGCUGUAGCCUUACUCUUUUUAUCACUUUGAAUGCUGAGACCUUUGAGUUUCUGAAAAUCAGUUUACGUGAAUGCACAAAUAUAUUUUAAGGUGAUUCCUUUCAGUUACAUUUGGAUCUGUCCACAUUUUCUGCUGAUUAGUAUGCCUACCAUUAGACUUCUGCCUUUUUCCUACAGUAUAAUGACAGGGGCAACCUUGUCAUAAUUUGGCACGUAAAGUACAAAUAAACAUAUGAGCAUUGUUCUUCUAUGUAGAUAAGGCAGAAGGGAGCGAAUGGUAUUGAAAUGUAUUGUGUUGCAGAAGGUCGGUAAUCAUGACUGCCUGUGAGACUUUCUGACACUACACACACACUGACAGGCAUGCAGUACACCCUAGAUUAUAAUCACCAUGCCGCAGUCCACGAACAGGCAGCGAGGGUAAUAGAAGUCACUGAAAUACUCAGAUUGCUUUGGAAGGAUUAAAUUGGGCACAUCAGUAUUUUAAGGAGGACUGUGAAUUGAAGACUUCAAAUAACCUUCAAUAUUUCUUUUAGACACUCUUAAAGUACAGUAUGUGUCUGGUGUGGCGCUUUACACAUGCAAUAUGCUCUCUAGUUCACAAAGUGUUGAUGUGCCUGGAUAUUUAUGCUAAGUGCCAUCUUCUUGUUAACAUUGGGGUGAGUCACCUACCAGUGCUCACAGAGAGGCAAACAGACUGGUAGGGCUCCCCGAGGUGCUGGGGCCCGAGACAGAGUCUGAAUCUGAAAGUUCCUGGAAGAAACUUGGAGCUGAAUGUUCUCUGUACUUACUAAUAAUGUACACUGUAUAAUGUAAAUGUGAAUUUAUUAGACUUCAAUAAAUAAACAUUAAGA